CAGGCAGUGGGGAAGCAGAGCAGAGAUCCAGACAGGAGCAAGACUGAUGAGAUUUCUGUGGAAGGAGUGAAGGACACUGCAGUACCCCCGAGCUAUGGCACUGCUGUGCUACAACAAGGGCUGUGGGCAGAGGUUUGAUCCCGAGCACAACGCCGAGGAUUCCUGCCUGUAUCACCCAGGUGUCCCUAUCUUCCACGAUGCCCUGAAGGGCUGGUCUUGUUGCAAGAAACGCACAACAGACUUCUCUGAGUUCCUCUCCAUAAAGGGAUGCACAAAGGGAUUUCACAGCAAGGAGAAGCCCCCCGAGCCUUCCAGCAAAGAGAAGACUUCAGAUGAACCAAAGGCCAAACCAGUGAAGGAGCUCAUUGUCCAAGGACCAAAAUCAGCUGAGAAGAUGCUGCGGGAAAGACCAAGCUCUGAUGAGCCAAGACAGCUGCUGCCAAUUAAAGUAUCCAGGUCUCUGGAGCAGGCACUGGAGAAACUGAACGUGUCCUCUGAGGACAAGACACUGGAGAGCAGUUGUACAGGGGAGGAGGCUGCCCAGGUGAGAGCUGGCACCACGUGCAAGAACGCAGCCUGCAAGGCGAUCUACCAGGGCCCAGAGAGUAACACAGAAGUUUGUACGUUUCAUCCUGGUGUUCCUGUCUUCCAUGAGGGGAUGAAGUACUGGAGCUGCUGUGGAAUCAAAACCACGGACUUCAGUGCCUUCAUGGAGCAACCAGGCUGCAGCCGUGGGUGUCACUGCUGGACAGAAAAGAAGGACAAGAAGGCAGUGCUGUGCCGGCAGGACUGGCACCAGACCAGCAGCCAGGUGGUGGUGACAGUCUAUGCCAAGAGCCCCCUGCCCGCCCUCAGCAGCGUCAAGGCCAACAGCACCGUGCUUGAGGCUCAUAUCAUCUUUGAAGGGAGUAAGAUUUUCCAGGCAGAACUGGAGCUCUGGGGGACCAUUGACGUAGAGAAGAGCUUUGUGAGCAUGGUCCCAGCCAAGGUGGAGAUCACGCUUUGCAAAGCCAGCCCUGGCUCCUGGGCCAGGCUGGAGCUCCCCCAAAGCAAGUCACAGUCCUGUGGUGAGCAAGAGAAGGAAGCUGCAAACACGGAGGAGCCUGGGGCUGUGCAGGAGGAGGACUCCGAUGACAGCUUGAGCUGGUCGGAGGAGGAAUAUGAAGAGCUGGAGAUGGGAGCACCGGAUAUGGUAACGCCGAGUAACUGAUGGCCAAGUGCUUCAUCAGCCGAGUGCUGCUGGUUCCUGAGCUGCUGGGCACCUUGGCACCAGCUCCACAAGAGCAGACCUAGCCCAGAACCGGGUGCAGACUGCAGCACGGCCUCUUCCCGGGUCAGAAGGGACAAUUAAUAAACGCCCAGAGCAAAGGUUCUUCUCUGAAACCCGCGAGGGGCGCUUAAGAAACAUCAGCGGGCCAACCCCUGCCUUCUGUCACUUCCUCUUGCGUGCCUGGGGCAGUACAACAGGAGGAGUCCCCGUGCCUGUGCCUUCGCUGUCCCUGGGGACUGGCUGUUCAGAGCCAGCACCCUCCCUGACCCUGCCAUUUCUGGGGGUGCUCACAGCCUUCCCUGACGCUUCUGAGGGUGCUGAGCCCCGGGCUGAGCUGGACCUAAGCUCCUGCACUCGCCCGGCGCGGGGGAAGCCGAGCCCUGCGGCUCUGUCGGGGACGGUCAC